AUGGCGCGGCCGGCAGCCGGGCGGCAGCUGAGCCCGGGGCCGGGGCCGCCGCUGCGGCUGCUCCUGCUGCUGGGCGUCCUCCUGCUGCGCGGUGGAGCGGCGGCGGGGGCCGAGCCGUGCCAGGCGCCGCGGCAGUGGGAAGGGCGCACCGUGUUCUACGAGCACGGCUCGGGGCGCAACACGCGGGCCGCCGUCUCCUACGACGGCCCCAACCAGCGCCUCCGCAUCCUGGAGGAGAGGAAGGCGCUCAUCCCCUGCAAGAAGUUUUUUGAGUACAUAUUGCUCUACAAAGAUGCAGUGAUGUUUCAGAUUGAACAAGUUACAAAGCUUUGCUCGAAGAUUGCUCUGACAGAACCAUGGGAUCCUUAUGAUAUUCCUGCCAAUUCAACUUAUGAAGAUCAGUACUACAUUGGGGGACCUGGAGAUGAAGUUAUGGUACAGGAAUGGUCUGACAGAAAACCAGCCAGGAAAUUGGAAUCCUGGGUCGGCGUUUACACCGUCAAAGACUGCUACCCAGUACAGGAAACCUACACUAAGAACUACAGCGUGACGACCUCCACUCGCUUCUUUGACAUCCACCCGGGCAUUGCAGACCCCUCCGUGUUCACCCCACCCAGCACCUGCCAGACAGCCCAGCUGAUGAGGAUGAGAGAUGAAUGCUGAGUAUGGACACUGACUGCCCUGGGCAAACACGUGUUAGCCAAGAGGAAGGUUAUUGAUAGUCAGGUGUUGACAUCUAAGCUGAUUUUUCAACCUAAUUGCUCUCUGUGGAAUUUGUAAGUUUUCGCUUGAGAGAGAACAUAAGCAUAUAACUGAGUAAAAUAUGUAAAACAAAAGAUGUCUUUCGAUCACAUUAAUCUGCUCAGUGAUGCACUUGCAGUAUUAUAUAGUUACCAUUAAGAUAAUAUUUCUAGAUACUAUUUAUUUAAUGUUGAUUUUAAUUUUGCAAAGAUUUCAUUAUUUAUUUUUUCAAGAAGACUAAGCAUAGGUAGACAGCAGCAAUGGUACUGUCUAGAAGAAAAAGCUAAAUUUUGGUGCCAUUCUUCUUGUUACCUCUGGAGACUUGAAGGGAAAGAUGACCUGUGUAAAACCUCAUCCCUAAGGGAAAAAUAUAAUUUUAAAUUAUAUGCAUCAAAAUUGUGUAAAUUUUUUCUUUUGGUUUUAUUUUGCUUUGUGUUCUGUUUUGGUUGUUUUUUGGGUUUUUUCUGCUCUUCAGGAAGCUAGUAGUCAAUUUUUGAGCUAAGUUUCAUUCUUUCUGAAAAGAAACUGGAGUAGCUUUAUUCUUUUGCUGACAUGCAAAAAAUACUUUUCUGUUUCUUGGGAGAAUGGUGUAAACGGAAGGGAAGGAGGGAGAGGUACACCUUCAAAAAGAAGUAAGCUGAAGUUUUUUAUGCAUCUCCCUUUUGGAGAAGUCUUCCAGUAGGGUGUGGUGAGACAGUUUUCAGUCAAAUUUUACGUCAGCACUCACUUUUCAAGGGAACACUAGUUUUAACCUAUGGAAAGGGAUUAAACAGUUCUGCACUCUAAACAGCUUUAAUGUUUUGUAACUGCUUUCAACAGUCUUCACUCAGGAUGUGAAAACACCUUCAUAAUUCCAGAGAGGUCUGAAAAAAACAAAAGCUGUUCUCUGUCCAUAGUUAGUAAAGGCUGAAUCAGCAUUCACACAGUGCCUGGUGGUUGGAAUGGAGAGAAAGAUAGAGCCUGUGACCUGUGUAGAGAGGCGGGAAGGAGGAAUGGGAGGCACCAAUUUUAGAUGUGUGGUGUGGCAGCGAGGCACUGCAAUCUGAGCAGAUCCGUUGAUGACUGUUUUAUUUGCUGUUUCAUCAGCAUCUCAAUCUUAUUAUCUCCACAUAAGCAAAAAAGUUCAGGGAGGGCACAUAUUUUGCAUUAGAGAGUUCAAACCAAACCUUCAUGCACCUUCGAUACGCUCAGAAGCAUGAUGGGUUUUGCACAUUUACCAAAUGAGAUUAACUGGUUUAUUCUACAAGGUGUGCAUUUUAUUUAUAACUUGCAAAAAAUUUAAAGACAGAUUCUUGUCCUCUUACACAUGUUGGGUAAUUGUUUGUUCCAGAAGUCAUCUGGCUGUAAACGGAUGUAAACACUGGGGAGUUUGGUGUCUCUAGAGGAGAGAUGUUGGGCAAGCUGUUAGUGCUUUAUAUACUCAUGGCUUUUUGUACGUAAGCAAGUGGGACAGUGGUUGUUUCUCUUUCACAGUUAUGGUCAGAAUGGCAUUUUACUUUGCCCCAUGCCUAAUGAAAGCACAUAUACAUACUGGUUAAAAUUUAGCUAGUUCAUUAAAAAUUUCUCGUGGAGCGGGGCAUUUCACUGAAACAAGCUAGUGGAGAGAAGGAUUGGGUUUCCUUGAAUUUAGAGUGCAUUUAUUCUGUACUCGCCUUCUGUAUUUUUUGUGUGACACUCUAAAUGCUAACUGCAUAUUGUUCUCAUUAGGACAAUGAUUAGCAUGCAUUUCUUAAUAUGUGUCCUGUUAGAAUCUGGAAAAUAUAAUAAAUCUGGCUAGCAAGCAUGAA